UCAUGUGAGGGGCGGUGCCUCCCGGCGGGAGCGGGCCGUGGGAUGGCGGCGGCUGCCGGUGCGGGCGAACGGGCUGGAGCUGAGCUGCCGGACGCCUGUCCCGGCGCGGACAGCGGGAACGUGUCCCAGAGCCAAAGCAGAGCCUCCGGCCUCGGGGAAGCGGAGGAUGAGGACGCCUCGGAGGCGUCGCUCAGCGCCACCGCCGCCGCCUACUCCGCGUACCUGCUCGCUGACCGCAGCCUCUUCAGCGAGCAGAUAGAAAGCUUAGACAAGAGUCUAGAAGACUUAUUGACCAGAGUGGAUGAAUUCGUGGGAAUGUUGGACAUGAUUCGAAGUGAUUCCUCUCAAGUUGUCAAUGAAAGUAUACCUCAAAUUUACACAAAAGCUACAGAAAUGAGGCAGAUAUAUAGGAAGAUUGACAAACUAGAGGCUUUUGUGAAAAUGAUUGGGAAUAGCGUCGCUGGACUGGAAGAACGCGUCAUAAAGGCAGAAACAGACCUUGGAGCUUUUCCAAGCACAUUCAAGAAAAUCUUGCACACAAUCAGCAUGCCAUCCUUCCUUAAUAAAUCGUCUUCCUCACGACAACAGCAGACCCUCUAUGAACCUCCAGUCCUCUUCAAGACUGAAGACUAUUUUCCAUGUCUUAAUGAAGCACCUUAUUGAUGAUUUUUGCUUUGGGAUUGAUAUGAAUCAGCCAGAAUAGAGAGAGCUAAGUGAACAAAAGGAAUACCAACCUCAGAAAGGCUGCCUUUUCUAAGCACUAUUGAUGGCAUAUUGCCAUUCUGAUUCUCGUUGUCUUCCUUCAGGCAAUAUUUUCAGGUAAUCUUUCUUUGUGCACAUUAUUUUAAAAGCCAUCCUAAAACACCAUGUAAGUUUUCAGAUUCUUUUGGGGAAGGAAUUUAAGAAUAUUUUUGCAUUACAUUUUUUUUAAUACGGAAAUAAUAGGAAACAUACUAUUGUAUAUAAGUUUUUUAACACGUAAAUAUUUGUGCUGCUGCAAGUGUAAAUAGCUAUACCACAAGGAUGGAGGUUUGUCUUUUUUUCAUAAUGUGCUGAUUGAGGUGAAAGAAAAACUGUGCAUAAAAUCAUCUGUUUCAAGGUUUUAAGCCUGGUCCCUGCAGUUUGUACAGAAAAAUGUGGCACAUUGGGAUAUACUUGUUGCAGGGGCAGGACCUGGAAGAUCAUCAAGGAAUCAAGGACAUGGUUCAAUGCAUGUGAUGUAGUCCCAGUUCAUAAAGCAGACAUCCUGCCCCCACUGAUGGUCCUCAGGUCACAGUGACCUAGGAUUCUAAUUAUUGCAUCAUUGUAUUGUUUGAUGUGUAACCAGGGGGUCAUGAAAUAGAUGUAUGUAUAGAGAGAGAGAUAUAGAUAUAUAAAACCUGCUGUCAAAAAGAACAGGUAUCUAAGUUGGGAGGGAUGACCUUAGACUGAACCUCAAUCAGGUACCUGAGCAGAUUGCACAACUCUCUGUGGUUACUGAGGCUUCCCAUGCUGAUUGCAAUUUAUAUUAUCAAUAAACUAAUAGCUGACUAAC